AUGAAACAGACAAUAGUCGAUACGUAUCGAAAACAGGGAGAUCURGGAYUGGUUGUCCAAUUCUAUAACAAUGAAAUAACAUGGGGUCGGGAGGUCAUCAAGUUUGCACAGGCAUUAUUAGAUGGUGAAUCGGAUGAUCAACGCCCCAUAGAUGUCCGUAAAUUUGGUAUAGCYGUCGAUUAUAUAGGUCAGUUGGUUCAACGUGAUUGGCUCCGGCAGGUAAUCGAUAGGCCAGUUAAUGUUACCGGCGAUUCCCAACAUUUGAAACUUGAAUAUCAUCGGCUAAGGGACAGGACGUUAGAUUCGYUACUAACGGCUAUAGCCUAUGAACGACAACAUCUACCGGAGCUGGCSUUUUGGGUAGAGUUUCAUACACAGAUAAAAGAUGUUUUGCAAACUGGUAUCAAACAAUUGGAUAUGGAUCUAAUAUAUUUGAAACCUGAACCAAAAUUAGCCAAAAAUCUACAGGUGCUGGUCAAUAGUUUUCAAAAUGUAUUGAAAGCYAUGGAGGAAAUUAAUUGUAAUACAAUUGUCGAUCGAUUGCUAAUUGAAACCAAUAAUAAUAAUAAUAUCAAUAAUAAUAUCAAUGAUGUGGACAUUGAAACCAUUAUCAAACAAUACCAACAAUUAUCGGAACCAGAAAUACGUAAACUUAUUGACCAUAACUUGGACUCUAUUGGCACUGAUAUCCAAACAAUUACUGGUGACUAUCGAAAACAGGGAGAUCUGGGACUAGUUGUCCAAUUUAUGGACAAUCAGCUAACGAUGGGUCGUCCGGCCAUACAGUUUGCUAUGUUUGUCUUGGAUGGUGAACCAGAUGGUCGACGUCUACAAGAUGUCCGCCAGUUUGGUAUUGAUGUUGAGUUUGUGGCACAGGUAGUCCAUCAGGAUUGGCUCCGGGCGAUUGGCCAACCAGUUGUAGUUACCGGUGAUUCUCAACAAUUGAAACAAAAGUAUCAGCUAGUACAGGCCAAGGUCUACCAGUGGCUACAGUCUAGUAUAGCCUACGAUCAGCAGCAUCUACCGGAGCUUGAGUUUUGGCUAGAGUUUCAUAAACAGAUAAGAGAUGUUUUGCAAACUGGUAUCAAACAAUUGGACAGAGAUCUGAUACAUUUGAAACCCGAACCGAUAUUAGCCAAAAAUCUACAGGUGCUGGUCAACAAUUUUGAAAAUGUAUUGAAAAUCAUUGAGGAUGGCCAUAAACAUUAAUCAUAUACCCUCCCCCACCC